AAUUUCGUCAAAAUGUCACCAUCAAGUUCUGAGUUCAUCUCUAUUUUUCUUUACGGCGAUGGUGAGCUCCCCAAACGCUAUAUGACGUACUGGUUUUGAUCGUGAAUUCAGUUACGUGGGGAAACUUUCCGACGACCGGGACCGCCGCCAGUUCUCCGGCGCCGCCAAAUCUCUGCAAUCGAUCUUCGUCGUCAUCUCCAAUGGCUGCUCAAUCGGUCAACGAAUCGGACGGCAGAGAUUUCCCUUCCGACCUCGCCUACCAGUCCGGCUUCAACAAUCAUUUCUCGUCGGAGGCGAUUCCCGGCGCUCUUCCUGAAUCCCAAAAUAGUCCUCUCAUCUGCCCCUACGGCCUCUAUGCUGAGCAGAUCUCCGGCACUUCAUUCACCUCGCCUCGAAAAGCAAACUUGCGCAGUUGGCUGUAUCGGAUAAAGCCCUCGGUCACGCAUGAACCGUUUAAGCCACGCUUGCCUAAGAACCAGAAGUUGAUCAGUGAAUUUAAUGAUUCGAGUUGUUCCUCGACUCCGACUCAGCUCAGGUGGAAACCGGCGGAUUUUCCUGAUUCGCCGGUAGAUUUCGUUGAUGGACUGUACACUGUCUGUGGAGCCGGCAGUUCGUUUCUUCGGCAUGGGUUUGCUGUUCACAUGUACACAGCCAAUAAGUCGAUGGAGAACUGUGCGUUCUGUAAUGCUGACGGCGACUUCUUGAUAGUCCCUCAGAGUGGAAGGCUGUGGAUUAUUACAGAGUGUGGAAGGCUGGAAGUUUCUCCAGGUGAAAUAGUGGUUUUACCUCAAGGUUUUCGCUUUGUUGUUCAUCUACCCGAUGGGCCAUCACGUGGCUACAUAGCUGAGAUUUUUGGUAGUCAUUUUCAGCUUCCUGAUCUUGGACCAAUAGGUGCAAAUGGGCUUGCUGCACCAAAGGAUUUCCUUGCCCCUGUAGCCUGGUUCGAAAAGAGUUUUCGUUCUGGUUAUACAAUUGUUCAAAAGUUUGGCGGGGAACUGUUUACUGCAAUACAGGACUUUUCUCCCUUUAAUGUAGUUGCUUGGCAUGGUAGUUAUGUUCCCUAUAAGUACGAUCUUAGUAAGUUCUGUCCUUACAAUACUGUGUUGUUUGAUCACGGUGAUCCAUCGAUAAAUACAGUGUUAACAGCACCAACUGAUAAACCUGGAGUAGCAUUACUCGACUUUGUCAUUUUCCCUCCAAGAUGGCUUGUUGCUGAACACACAUUCCGUCCUCCAUAUUACCAUCGCAAUUGCAUGAGUGAGUUCAUGGGUCUGAUUUAUGGUGGCUACGAGGCAAAAGCUGAUGGGUUCCUUCCUGGCGGUGCCAGCCUUCAUAAUUGCAUGACUCCCCAUGGUCCUGAUACAAAAACAUAUGAGGCUACAAUUGCUCGAGGGAAUGAGGCUGGACCAUAUAGAAUCACCGACACGAUGGCAUUUAUGUUUGAAUCGAGUCUGAUCCCUCGCGUAUGCGCUUGGGCUCUCGAGUCUCCAUUCAUGGAUCGCGACUAUUACCGAUGCUGGAUAGGACUGAAAUCUCAUUUUACGAACAAAGAAACUAGAGACACUGAUCCAAAGAAGGUAAAAACUGAGGCUGGAAACGGAAGACAAAUUGGGUAAAUAUAUAUUGGAUGGAGAUCGUGGAUUUCAUGAAAAAGGGCUCCAUCCAAAGUGUAUAUAGGAAUAAAAUGAUGAAUAAGUGACCACACAAGAAAGAAUGUGCUUUUUGCUGCUAUGGCUGUGGCCUGUUUAUAGCCCGAGGAGAUCCCCAACGUCCUGAUUUCGUGCCUCUCCUCCCUCAACCCCAACAACAAUUUAUUAGAAAUGAAAAUAGUCCCGCUUUUAUUGACCCCUUCCUGAUAAGAAAAUACAUCUUCAAUAUCGUCAAAUGAUUCCAUUUAAAAGAAAGUACAACCCUCUUUGAUUAGUCUUGAAUCGGACGUUA